AUGUCUGGUUUUGACCGUCAUGACGCGUCGCUUGCGCCACGUGGACAGCGCUACAGCACACACAACUCUCACCAAGAUCAUCCUCCUACUUCUACGCUAGUGCUACGUGGUCUUCCACGCACUGUCACUGAUAAAAUGAUUCUCCGUGCUCUACAAUCUUUUCAGCCAUUACAAGCUCGAAUCAUUUACGAUAAGACCACUGGAGAACCUCGUGGACUUGCUUUUGUGGACUUUGAUAGUGUGGAAAAAGCAAUGGAAGCCAUGCGCACAUUUGAGUUGAGACCUCUGACAUUACAGAAUCGCCACGUGAACAUCAAUUAUACGGACGGAUUUCGUCGAGAUGUUACCUCUUGUCGACCGAGAGACGCAACUGGAGGGUUUCGACAUGAAAAUCACUAUCAAGGACAGUCCAGGCAAACACGACCAGACUGGAUUUGUGAUGAGUGCAAUGUGAUAAAUUUCGCUCGUCGAACAAGCUGUUUCCAGUGCAACGUACCAAAGACAAGUCAAAUGAAAGAGAUUCCAGCAACGGCAGCAUAUCGCGCUGAUCAUAAGCGUAGCCACGACGACUCUCAGUGUGGCGGAGAGACGGGAAACGGCGGUUCAUCUUUGACUGCACCGUCAUCUUAUGGUGCUCUGUCAAGAGAUGGCGAGAAAGCAUUUCGAAGAUGUGGCCCGGGUCUAGACUCUGCCUGGAGCGUUCCUCCAUCACAUGUACUAGUGGUGCGCAUGCUCCCACCCGAUAUUGAGGAAGGCGAGCUUCACGUGGCAUUUGCUGAGUGUGAUGGUGUACAGGAUAUUCGUUUGAUCCGAGAUCGCGCAACCAAUCUGUCACGAGGGUUCGCCUUUGUCGAGUUCCGCGACAUCGAAACAGCGACGAAUGCUUUAAACCGAUCUCAAGGCUUAACUGUACAAAACACUCGCGUGGAUCUGUCGUACGCGCGCGAUACUCUCUCAACGAGAUCACACCAUUCGGUGGAUUCGCUUGAAGGAUCGCGCACUAGUAGUUCGAUGGCAGUGACAGCAUUGGAGCAAGCACAGUGGUUGCUUUCUCAACGACGCGAGGCUGACACGGCGGCGCAAAAUGAUCAGCAGAACAGCGUUGCAGCAGAUGUAAGCGCUUUUUUGGAUAGUGCUGCGGCUCAAGUUGCUCCGCUCGUUCAAGAACCGAAGAAAAUGUGGCCUGCACCAUUCGAGACAGCAGGCGGCAGCUAUGUGUAUGUCAGCGAGAAAGGCCUAUACUGGGAUCCAGACAGCAUGUUCUACUAUGAUGCGCCCACCAAGGUUUACCAAAACUCGUUUACAGGCACGUAUUACCGGUGUGUGAACCCUACAAGUAGCGGAGCGGCAGCAUUUCAGGUUUUUGUGCCGCCACUGCCUGUUGAUGAUGAAGCAUAUGAAAUUUCUACCGCUCCAAAAGUUGAUGUAGCGAUCAAGCCAGCAUUGAGCCUAUCAUUGAAGAAGGACAAGAAGAAGGCUUUGGGCAUUUCGCUUGGUGUUAAAACUACUGCUUUUGCGUCGGCUUCGUCGGUUUUUAUGAAAACUAGCCCGGUCGGAAACGGUGCCACUGCGCCUUCAGUCAAUGCUGUCAAUAUGGCUAGCAUCGGGAUGAAGCGCAAGAGUGCAGAUGAUAUCGCGAAGUGGUCGCAACGACAGCGUGAAGCAAAUGAACCGAAGAGUGAAGAGCUUAGUACAGCACCUGUUCAACAGCAACUCUUACACAGUACAGCGCUAGGUGUAUCGGCCGUCAGCCGAGGCGAGGCUGCAAAGUCUAGUGCUACCUCGCAGCAAAAGGCGACGACAACUGUUUCGUCGAAUGCUGUGGAUCCUGUUAUUGAGGCAUUGACUACUGUUCCUCUAGAAGCACCCAUUUGUCUGCUCUGCCGGCGAAAGUUCGGAUCUCUAGACAUUCUUCGCAAGCACGAAACAUUGUCAAAGUUGCACCUGGCCAACUUAGCGAAGGCUAAAGAGAACAAGCAACACAUUGCUGCGCAGUAUCGUGAACAUGAAAAGGAGCUGGAGCGAGAUGCCAAAAAGCAGCGGCAAGAUGAUUAUGCGCCAUCAACUCAACCGUUUCGAAACAAUCAAUGGAGCGCUCCUACGUCGUCGAAACCCGAUCCUGCACCUACAGCUAGCUCUCUUGAGUCCGGUAUUGGUGGUAAAAUGCUCAGGAUGAUGGGAUGGAAGAGCGGCGAGGGUCUUGGCAAACACGGUACGGGCAUCACGGCCCCGAUUAAAGCAGCUAGUGGUCGGAGCGACUUGGCAGGUCUCGGUUGUAAAGCACCACUUUCGACCUCCGUAGACUUCUCGGAUGCUACCUGUGAUAAAGAACGCCGACAAAAACUAGUUCGUGCGCGGUACGAUGCCGACAGUGCGUAG